AUAUCUGGAUUGUACGACCUCGCAGUAGCACAAGUGCUCGUUGCAUCAUCGUGUCGCAAAGUGCAUGGGAGCAUAAACCUUGAGGAUCCGCAUCACUCGGUUGUGUCGCGUCUCGCCUGAAUCCUGUAUCAACACCAUGGCCCACACACAGCCAUCGCCCACGGGGGGUGUGACCCCUCACCAUGGUCAUCUCGCAGCUCAUCCGCAGGUCAAUGGCCACCUACCCUUGCAAUCCCAGAGCCAGAAGGGCCCUCCCUUGACUACCGCGCAGAAGAUUGCUGCCUUGAACGAACAAGUCUGGCUACAAAUCGGAAGUCUCACCGAACUGAUUGGCGACCUCGAUGGUGCCAUGAAUGCCUACGAACAAGCAUUGCGACACAAUCAGUGGUCUAUCCCUGCCAUGAAUGCCAUUUCUUGUAUAUUGCGCACCAAGGAACAGUUUCCCAAGGCGAUUGAGUACCUGCAAAAUAUCCUCAAGCUGGACCCGACCAGUGGUGAAACAUGGGGUAGUCUGGGUCACUGCCAUCUGAUGAUGGACAAUCUGCAGGAGGCAUACACCUCCUACCAGCAAGCGCUCUACCACCUACGUGAUCCCAAGGAGCCCAAGCUGUGGUAUGGAAUCGGUAUCCUCUAUGAUCGCUAUGGCUCCCUGGAUCACGCCGAAGAAGCCUUUUCUCAAGUCAUGCGCAUGGCGCCUGACUUUGAGAAGGCCAACGAAAUCUACUUCAGGCUCGGUAUAAUAUACAAGCAGCAGCAGAAGUUCAACCAAAGUCUCGAGUGCUUCAAAUACAUUGUGACCGACCCUCCCCGCCCCUUGACCGAGGAGGAUAUUUGGUUCCAAAUCGGCCAUGUUCAUGAACAACAGAAAGACUUCGAUGCUGCGCAGCAAGCCUAUAGACGAGUUCUCGAUCGUGACCCCAAUCACGCCAAGGUUCUACAACAGCUUGGUUGGCUCUACCACCAGCAAAGCAAUAACUACGCUAGUCAGGAGAAGGCGAUUGAGUACUUGGAGAAGUCCGUCAGCGCAGACAAUACCGACGCGCAAAGUUGGUAUCUGUUGGGUCGCUGCUACAUGUCUCAGGCCAAGUACCCCAAGGCGUACGAAGCCUAUCAACAGGCUGUCUACCGCGACGGACGCAAUCCGACUUUCUGGUGCUCCAUUGGUGUCCUGUAUUAUCAGAUCAACCAGUACCGUGAUGCGCUGGAUGCUUACUCCCGUGCGAUCCGCUUGAACCCUUACAUCUCGGAAGUGUGGUACGAUCUGGGGACUCUGUAUGAGUCGUGCAACAACCAGAUUGCGGAUGCACUUGAUGCCUACGGUCGCGCCGCUGACCUGGAUCCGACCAACGUUCACAUCAAAGCCCGCUUGCAACUGCUCCAGAGCCAGCUCUCAGGUUCUGGUCAAAGCAACGGCCCGGCUCCUCAGCCUCAGGAUGUCCACCCGCAGGCCUAUCAAGCACCUGGUGUUGGAGCCCCCCCGGCGCCUCAAUGGGGUGCACCAGCCCCCACUGGUGGACCACCCCCGCAGGCUCCUGCGCCUCCGAGACAGAUUGCUGACUGGAACCGUGGCAUCAACGAAGUCCAGUCCCACGUUCAAGCCCAAGCCGCCAACGGAUUCGAUCACCGUGACGCUCUCCGUGCUCCUAGCUCCCUUCAGCAACCGAGCCCGCGGCAGGAGCCAGGCAGAGUGUUUCCCGAUUCCGUGCGUGCCCAGCCGACCGUUCGCUCGCCCAAGACUACACUGCCCGGCGGUCCAAGCGCUUACGGACCUGGUCACACCCUUCCUCAGCUCGCUACUACUGUUCCUGCUGCUGAUCGCACUCCUGGCGCUUCUGCUGCCUUCUCUUCCGCGACACGUGGCCCAUUGCCACCGGCCCCCGCUCCUCCGGCCCCGAGUGUUGCGAACGGCGCUCCCACUCCGGGCGGCACUCUCCCUCCUUAUCACCCCCCCUUCACCCCGCCUACUGAGAUCAGACCCCUCCGUGACGAGCGGCCGACAUCGCCUGGCUCUACCUACCCACACCAACAGUACCACCAUGGCCCCAGCGUGCCGCCUAGUGGCAGUGGCAUUGCAGGUGGCGCGCCCCCGCCGGCUUCCGCCAUUAGCGCCGCAGAAGCGGCUGCCCGGGAGCGCGAGGACCGUCCUGGCUCUGCUAUGAAGCGUGGCAGAGAAUGGGACCCCGAGCCCGGCCCUGCCAAGAAGAUUGCCAGCGAGGAGAACCGCGCUCGUUUGGAAGAACAGAUGACCCGUCGCGUCACUCCUCCCAAUCGCAUGCCUUCUCCCGGGGAGAUGCAGCGACGUAGCUCGUCCGAGGCUCGCCGUGAAGACCAACGCCGAGUCAACGAGAACUACCACCCGUCUGAGGCGGCUCACCACCCUCCCACGCUGCCGUCUAUCCAGCACAUGCCUCCCCACCCGUCCGGCGGUCCCAGUCUGCCCCCUAUGUCGGAAAGCUCGGCCACGGUCUCUAACGGACCCCAGUCCGGACCUCCGUCGGCUUCUGUGCCGGUUAAGGAGGAGCCUGCUCGCAGCGAACAGCCCCCGGCCCACGAGCCCGCUGCCCGGAAAAUGGACGUGGAUGAGAACUACGAUGACGACGGCGAUGAUGAGAAGAGAGCCUCCGCUGCAGUCAAGGGUAGCCCCUCGGGUAGCGCCAACAACAGCAGCAACGGUGUUCUGAGCGGUGCAUCCCAACCUGCGCAAACCAAAUCCGAGUCUACUCCUGCAGUUUAGAGUCCGGUGGUGUGACUUCCUUUGGAUGAUCCAUCACGGAAUGUCUCGACAGUUGUCACAUGACGCCAGCACAAGAGCAACUGUUCGCAAUGAAUAAUUCUACUAUGAGAUGUCUCUCUGCCCUCGUUACCCUUCAUUUCCCAUCUUUCCUUGGUUUCGUCUAUAUA